AUGUUGGAGUUGGCUAUAAAGAGAUCUCCCCCGCCGCAAGAGAUCGACAUUAAAGCCCGCUUCGAUUACAACAUUGACGAGUUCGAAUCCUUGGAUUUCGAUGGUUCGAGGACAUACACCAUCCCACGGAGAUUAAUUCUGCCCAGAUUCAAUCCCAGCAUCCAAUUAAUUCGCCUCAAAGUUCUUAGAUUGGUCCAUUGCAAUUUCGAUCAGUUCAAGGAUGUCAAUUUCGAUAGUAACCACUUCGUGGACCUUGGUAGCUCCCUCAGGCAUCUCUCUCUCCACCGCGUUAGCUUCCUCGGCGGAGGCCGGAUUGUGAAUAGUUUGAUCGCGGGGGCCUCUCUCUUACAGACAUUGUCUCUGCGGUCGAUUGUGGGGAUUCGGAGGCUUCAGGUCCGGAAUCUUCCCAACCUGAACUACCUGUGGUUUGAAGGCCUUGUUCAGGAUCUGGAGAUUACAGGGGUCCCCUCGAUCUCUAGAAAGCUUGUACAUCUGUGGUGCGCCUUUUGGAUGUGA